AUGUCAAACGUUACUUAUUUUCUUCCUUCAUUCGAUUUGAAAAAUAUUCUCAGUUCAUCAGAUCCACAAUGGUACAAAUUUCCUGUUACAACGUCACAAAUUGAUAUAAUCGUUUCUAUCAACAAGCCGAAUGACAUCGAUAUGUCUGGGACUGAUCAAAAAGAGCAAUUCUUUCCUCGUUUUAUACAACAAGUUAACAAAUGGUUGGAAUGGUUUGACGCAUUUAUCGAUAUUUUUCAGCAUAUCAUUGAAUGGCUGAAAAUCCGAAAAGUAGAAGGUGCUGAACAAUUCUUUAGUGAUAUACAUUCAAUCAAAAAAGAUUCAAGGAUUAGUAUCAUUAAAAUGAAAACAAUCAUCCAACAGAUAGUAAAAGUACUCAAACUUUUGAAGAAUCUUCAACGUCUUUGUGAUCUAUUCAAUUGUACAAAUUCAUUUGAAAUUAUUGACUUUGGUACUUUAGGCCGUCCAGACCAAUGGAAAUCAUAUAUUGCAGAACUAAAACGGUUGCAUACCAAUAAUACCUUCACAGUCAAGAUUUAUACUGAACAUUCGCAACACUACUUUAUUGGUGCUCGUCAAAAUGUUCACUGGUCGCUCGCCUGUGACAAACUUGAAUGUAACAUUAAAAUAGAAUAUCAAAUUAAUAGAGCUCAUCUUAACAGCUACACAUUAUUUUCCGGUCGAAAUUUUCCUAUUCAUAGACAAGUUUUACAAGGAGAAUUUAAAACACAGCACAGUGGCGAUGUAAUAAUAACUAUUGACAAUCAAACGGGACGUGCUCCACGGACAAUUUGGUAUCAAUGUAAAACAGUCCCUUUUUCAACAUGCCAUCUAUUUGAUGGCAUCUUCUCUAUGCUCUAUCAAAAAAAUUUCAAACAAUCAAUUGAAAAUAUUAAAGAAAAUGAUAUGAGUGAUUUGAUCAAUAAAGUCUUCUCUUUUAUUGAUAGUCUUUUAACUGGUAAUAUUACUUUAAAAGAUAUGGACUAUCUUAAAACCGUUUUUCACGAUAAAAACAUUGAUGUUAGAAAAGAAGUCAAGAAAUUGUUUGUUAAUCGCUCAAUCAAAGACAAGAAACAAGAAACAUCGAGAACAACAACAACAGCACAUAUCAUAUCACAAAGUCAAAGUGAUCAAGAAAUUGAACAAGUUUGUGAAUGGUUAAGAACUUAUCAAUACUACAGUCAUCUUAAUAUUAUAAAUGAUUGUGUACAAAAAUUUAAAAUUUUUUUAAAUAUUGAUGAAAAUGAUGAAUCAAUCGAUCAUCUGCAAGAAAUGAUUAUCAACGAAAAUUGUUCUCUUAAAAAUAUUUCAGAAACUUACAAAGAUCUUUACGAACGUUUUCGAAAGUUAACAAAUCAUCAUUUGCAAUUGAUUAAAAUGAUUGUCGAAUGUUCAAAUAUAGUUCAAAUGAUGAAACAAUUUGAUUUAUAUUCGACUCAUGGAUUACGUCGAUUUCAAGAAUUGCGAGAUAAUUUAACAACACAAUUUCAAUUAGAAGAACGCAAUAAUAUGAUUCUUAAUUCAUGGAUUAUUAGUUACGCUUUAUGUGAACCAUUUGUUCGCCAAGUAAAAAAUUUAGAAGAAUUUGUAGAUAAUCUUGCAAAAUUAUCAAAUAUUGAUGAAAGCUCAUUGGAACAUAUUAAAGGUAGACAAAAUGCUUCAAUUUUUUCAAUAAUCGAAUGUUUUCUAAAGUAG